UGACACGGUGGAAUGAGUUUGUGACAGAUCCUCCGACACGCCCGAAGUACCAAACUCAGUUACUACUGUUGGAGUAAAAGUCAGAGGAGAAGUCGACUUUUCACUCAGCAAAGUCCCUCCCCACUUCCAACUCCAAAUCCCGGAACACCUUAAUUCUGGCUCCUGACAUCUGGAAACGCCUCUUCCCACCGCGAACCAGGCGGCCAAUCACCCUCCCCCAGUUCCCAAUCGGCAUAUCUCGGCCGUUCCGAAUCCCAACCAAUCCCGGAAUGAAGAUAAACCUCUUCAGGCUCUGCUCCGGCCUCAAAGUCAUCGGCUAUUUCAUGAUCCUCCUCGUUGCUGCCAUCAUCUCCGUCUCCUACUAUGCAGUCGUCGUCGUCACUUGGGGACCCAAGCUGCUCUACGGCGGGGUCCACUCGUUUCUAGCUUUCUUCAUCAUCGUAAUGUUCCAUAUUCUGCUUGUAAUGUUAUUGUGGGGUUACUUUAUGGUAGUCUUUAAAGACCCUGGUUCUGUUCCGGAAAAUUGGAAACCUCUUAUAGAUGAGGAAAAUUUGGAGGCUGGUAGUUCUCUGACUUUGUCAGAAAAUAUCGAACCCGAGGCUUUCACUUCAACACAAUCUUCAGGUGGAGGAGAAAGACGACCACAAGUACAGUAUUGUAGUCCAUGCCAAAAUGGCAAGCCACCACGAUGCCAUCAUUGCUCUGUCUGUCAAAGAUGUGUACUUAAGAUGGAUCACCAUUGUGUUUGGGUGGUGAAUUGUGUUGGUGCACGCAACUACAAGUUUUUUCUUCUUUUCUUGCUUUAUACAUUUCUGGAAACGACGAUGGAUACCUUAGUUUUGCUGCCAAAUUUUAUCGAUUUUUUCUCUGAAGCCAUGGAUCAUUCCGAAUCUCCUGGCCAUCUUGCAGUCGUUUUUUUGGCUUUUGUACUUAAUUUAGCCUUUGCACUGAGUCUUCUUUGUUUUGUCGUUAUGCAUGCGUCCCUUCUGUCUAGCAACACCACUACAGUUGAGGUUCAUGAAAAGAGAGGAGCAAUCGGAUGGAAGUAUGACUUGGGCAGGAAGAAGAAUUUUGAGCAGGUUUUCGGCACGAAGAAGGCACUGUGGCUGUUACCACUGUUCUCAAAAGAGGAUUUAGACAACGUACCUGCUCUUCGGGGACUGGAAUUUCCAACACUUUCAGAUACUGAUGUUUGAUGCUUGGUGAACUCCCAUACUUUUACCUCCCACCAGCCGUUUAAAUAUUUUUACAGACUCAUACAUACUGGUCGCAUUGGGUCUAAAAAGAUGUGUUACCCCGUCGCCAAUUUAGUCAACUUAGUCUUUUAGUUAGGAGAGGAUCUAAAUUUGAGUCGUGGUUUUUGUUUUUUAUUUUUAUAUGUUGGCUUCAGACCUAACAGGAAAACUCAGUUUGCAACGCAUCAAUUGUUCUACAGGUAGUUUUUCUGCUCCAUUUUUUGCCCCUCGUCCAAACUAUGUGUACCCAAUCUCUUGGAUACGGGGAAAGAAGCCGUGUUGAAGUAGUCGCGUCAAAGAUAUUACACUGAAAUCUUCAUAAAUCUAUAUUGAUGUGUAGCUAAGUUUGCUCUA